AUGGAAUCAAGCUUCGAGUGGUGUAACUCCGGUAGUCCAAGUGAUAUGAAUCAUCAUCAUGCUCUACCUUCGAGCAGUGAUUCAUCAUCUUCAAGCCAUAGUAAUACUAGUUUUCCUUCCACAAGUAAUAACAACAAUAAUGGCUUUAACUACGUGAACAAUAAUUUCAACAUUUCCAUGAACGACGGUAGUGGAAGAAUUUCCAAUACCACUACAUCUCCUACCACCAAUAUCAACAACAAGAAUACUACCAACACACCACUCUCAUCCUUUUCUUCCAAUUCCUUCCUUGCCCUGUCUACUUCUCCUCAGAGAAAUUUUCUCUCCUCUCUCCCCAAUACUUCCACUCCUCUUGCCGAUAGCUUGUCGAGAUAUUUGGAACAAUUCGAUCAACAAUUUGGUUUUGCUCCGAGCAGUACUGCUCAAAGUGGUUUGGAUCCGAAUAACACCUCCUCCGCAGUCACCACUCCUUCAUCUUCAUCCUCAUCAUCAUCAUCUAUGAGAUUGACCACAAAUGGCACUAGCAAUGCUACAUCAACAUCUACCAAUGAUUCACCUGCCAGUAGUAACAAGUCAACAAGUCAAACAGAGAAAAAGAAGAAGAAGAAGACAUCCUCCAAAAAGAAAGACCAUCACUCAUCGGAAGAUGAAGAUGCUGAGGGACGUCACUCGGAACAUUAUGAAGAAAAUACAUCCCCAGGGUUUCAUCCUAUUGCAUGUGUUCCAUGUCGGCGGCUUCACAAACGAUGUGACAAAAAGUACCCUGCUUGCUCCAAAUGUCUUUCACGAGGAGUUACCUGUGAAUAUAAAAUUCCAAGAAAGAAAGGCAGGAUUGCUAAACCAAAAGGACAACCUGUCACCACCACCGCAGAAAAGCAAGACAAAAACGAGAAUACUGGUACCAGCACUCAAAACAACAAACAAGAUCAAACUACAGAACCAUCAUACGAAGACCUGGAUGUUACUCUUUUUACCACAAACAAUCACUCAAGCACCAAUAAGCUCUUAACAAAUAUUGUACAGGCAGAAUCAACCCCAUAUGCACAAGGUGCAACAAGAAAUCAACCUGAAAAACAUUUGGACAAGAGAAAAGUGUUGGAUAUUUAUUAUAACGUGUUUACUGAACAUAUGAUUGUCAUUGAAAGAAAGGAGUUUGAAAGUUACUUGUCGACUAGGACAAGUUCCAAUUCUGCACGUGAUGAAGAUGAAGAGAUUAUUACCAACUUCAAUGAAACGGAAGUCAUGCCAAACAAGAAAGAAGUUUACGUACUAUUUUUGUGUAUUAAGGCAGUUUGUGAGCAAAGAGUUGGUCUAGUGGAUUUGGCUGAAGAAACUGGAAAGAAGGCACGUGACGCUCUCUCCAAAAUCUUUGACGAACAUUCCAACUUUUAUGUUGCAUGUGCAUUUGCUUAUUUGAGUAUUUAUGAAGCGGGCUGUGGUCGUCUUAAAACCGCUAAAUAUUAUCUGAACUCUCUCAAUUUUUACUUUGAUGAACUUUCACAAGAAGAAGAAGAACACAUGACACUACAUCAGAAAAAUUUGAAAAGACUUAGAAGCUUCGCAAACAUUUGUGCUAAAAAUGACCAGGGUGUUUUGCAACUGUUAAAAGAGUGGCCAGGUGUCUAUGAAAAACUUCUAGGAAUUACAUUACCAACUGAAUGGAAGACUUUAUUGGCGCAAGACUUGACGAUCAACAAUUAUAUGGCUGUGAUUAAUGUUGUAGAGUCGUUGCUAAAAGUCGUUCGAUUACACAUCAUAAAAUCUGGAACGGUCAAAAACUUGAAGAUUUAUGACAUGGGACAAGUAUUUGUUUCCAACGGUAUUAAGAUUGGUAUUCUCAGUGCUGUCAAUCGUGGAAAAGAGUUAAUUGAAGAAUGUGCACUCAAGAUUACAUUGGCAACGGAAUUAGAACUCUUUGUAUUCGUGCCACCACCAAUUGUAGCUCAUUGUGCAGCCGCUGCAAAAGUACAUUUACACAUUGUAAAGGCCAUUGAAAAUGGAGAGCGUCAAAAUCCAGAAAUUGGCAUGGUACCUUCUGUCAGUGGAGGAGAGCCAACACUGGGAACCAUAGAUUACUAUGAAAUAUUGAGUAAGGAUUUGAGAGCUCUUAAUAUUUUGUCUAAAAGGUAUAAGAAAGUAUCUCUUUUCCAUAAAUCACUGAUGAACGAGAUGGAGGACAUUAUCCAAAGAAAGCACAUUAUGAGCGCCAUGACCAGAGUGUGUAGCUCAUUUUCUGAUGAUUAUCCACCCAACAAUUUCGUGAGCGGUUUAUUGAGCGACUUGGAGAAGAUGCGUGCUACCACAAAUGUUUAUCCGUUGCCCUCCACACAACCAUCCAUUACAGAUCUAGGUCACAACGUCACAAUCAAUACUAAUGAAACAGCUCUUGAAAAUAGUAACAACUUUUCGGAUUCAGAAAUGGAUUUUUCUGAAUUUGCAGGAGUACGAAAUACCAAAGAUUUCUUAACUACCGUAGUGUCAAACACUUCUUAUGGUAGUAAUGAACCACUGCAGGAAUUGAUUAACGAAAGCUUUUUGGAAUCGCUCAAUUCUGGAAACAUGAAUCUCGAAGAUAGUCUGAAAGAUGAAUCAUUCUUUGAGCCAUUCCUUAAUAGUGAAGAUAUUCAAGAGUUAUAUGCUGCAGAUUUCUCGCCACACGACUCCCCUCCUCAACAAUAA